GCCCCCGACUGUCCAACAGCGCCCCCCGGCGGUGACGUCACGGUGAUGUCACGGGGCGCGCUGUGACGUCACCCCCCCCCCCCAGGUUGUGACCCCCCCGUUCAGCACCGCCGGAGCAGCAACACCCCGUCCAUGAGGCCUCAGCGCACAGCGCCCCCGCGAGGUGAUGAGCGCGGCGCUGGAGCUGCGUGAGCCGUGGCCGGGCCGGGCGCUGCUGCUGGCGCUGAACGAGCAGCGGCUGCGGGGCCAGUUCUGCGACGUGACCAUCAUCGCGCAGGACACCCCGUUCCGCGCCCACCGCAACGUCUUGGCCGCCUCCAGCCCCUUCUUCCAACGGGCCCUGCCAAGGCCCCCCCCCCCCCCCCCGCCCCACGUCCUGGAGCUGCCGGGGGUCCGCGCCGGCGCCUUCUCCACCCUCCUCAACUUCAUCUACAGCUCCCGCCUGGCCGUGGCCAACGCGGCGGCCGCCCGCGAGCUGGGCGCCCUGGGCCGCCGCUUGGGCAUCUCCCGCCUGCAGGGCUUGGCCAUGGAGGCGCCCAAGGGGGCGGAGUGGGGGGCAGCGGGGGGCACGGAUGGGGGGGGGCCGGUGGAUUUGAGGUGUGGGGGGAGAGGGGGUGAGCAGGGGGCGGCGGCGGCAACGUCAUUGGCAUCAACGUCGUCAUCGGUGGCGUCAACGUCAUUGGAACCGUUGGCAUCAACGUCAUCAUCGUUGGCACCGUUGGCAUCAACAUCAUCGUCAUUGGAACCAUUGGCAUCAACGUCACAAUCGUUGGCAUCAACAUCAUCGUCGUUGGCACCAUUGGCAUCAACAGCAUCGUCAUUGGAACCAUUGGUAUCAACGUCAGCAUCGUUGGCAUCAACGUUGCCAUCGUUGGCACCAUUGCCAUCAACGUCAUCGUCAUUGGAACCAUUGGCAUCAACGUCACAAUCGUUGGCAUCAACGUCGCCAUCAUUGGCACCAUUGGCAUCAACGUCAUCGUCAUCGUCUUCAUUGGCAUCAAUGUCAUUGGAACCAUUGGCAUCAACAUCAUCAUCGUUGGCAGCGUUGGCAUCAAUGUCUCCAUCGUUGGCACCAUUGGCAUCAGUGUCAUCGUCAUUGGAGCCAUUGACACCAUCAUCGUUGGCACCAUUGACACCGUUGGCAUUGACAUCAGCAGCAUCGUUGGCACCAUUGACACCGUUGGCAUCAUCGUCGUCACCAUUGGCACCAUUGGCAUCAUCGUCAUCACCACUGGCAUCAUCACCAUCGUUGGCAUCCUCAUCCUCACCGCUGGCACCAUUGGCAGCAGCAGCAGCAUCAUUGGCACCGCUGGCAGCAGCAGCAGCAUCGUUGGCACCAACGUCCCCAUCGCUGGCACCGCUGACACCAUCAUCAUCAUCCCUGACACCACUGACGCCGCUGGCAUCGACAUCGGCGGCGUCGCCACCAUUGACCCCAUCGUCAUCGCCCCUGGCCCCGUUGCCGUUGACGCCACCGGCCCCAUUGACGCCACCGUCGUCGUUGGCGGCGCCGGCGCCGCCGCCCCUUUGCUGCGGGUUGUGCGGCCGCGGCUUCGCCUCGGCGCCGGCGCUGACGUUCCACAUGAAGCUGCACCGGGGCCGCCGGGGCCUGGGCUGCCGCCACUGCGGCAAGAGCUUCAUCCACGUCAAGAGGCUCCAGACGCACGAGGUGCUCUGCAGGGACGGGCAGCGCGACGGCGCCACCGGCACCGCCAAUGCCAACGGCACCAUGGACAGCGCCAGUGCGAGCCCCAUGGACAGCGCCAAUGGUAACAUGAUGGGGGGUAGCCCCAUGGAGACCACCAAGACCAUGAUGGGGGGUAGCACCAUGGACAGCGCCAAUGGCACCAUGAUGGGUGGUAGCACCAUGGAGGCCACCAAGACCAUGAUGGGUGCGAGCCCCAUGGCCACCACCAAUGGCACCAUGAUGAGUGGUAGCCCCAUGGAGACCACCAAGACUACGAUGGGUGGUAGCACCAUGGACAGCACCAAUGGCACUGGGAUGGGUGCGAGCCUCAUGGACAGCACCAAGACCAUGAUGGGUGGUAGCCCUAUGGCCACCACCAAGACCAUGACAAGCAGUAGCCCCAUGGCCACCACCAAUGGCACCACAAUGGGCAGUAGCCCCAUGGACACAACCAAUGGCACCAUGAUGAGUGGUAGCCCCAUGGUCACCACCAUGAUGGGCAGUAGCCCCAUGGACAGCACCAAGACCAUGACGAGCAGUAGCCCCGUGGCCACCACCAAUGGCACCACAAUGGGCAGUAGCCCCAUGGCCACCACCACCACCACGAUGGUCACUAGCCCGGACCCCAUGAUGGCCAACAGCCCCCUGGCCAGCACCAACAGCACCCUGGUGGGCAAUAGCACCGUGACCACCACCGUGAUGGCCACCACCACCGGUGACACCAGUGCGAUGACCAACACCGCCCCAAUGACAACCAACACCACCCCAAUGACAACCAACACCACCCCAAUGAUGGCCAACACCGCCCCAAUGGCGACCAACACCACCCCAAUGACAACCAACACCACCCCACCACCCCAUAACCCCCUCACCACAACCAAGAACACCCCCAUGGUGACCAGUACCAACACCACGACCCCCACCACCACCACCACGAUACCCACCAGCACCCCCCCGAGCGCUCCCAGCCCCACAACCACCCCCGUAACCCCUCCGAAACCGGGCAAAAAAGCCCUUUUGCUGCGGCACCGGGCGCUGGAGCUGGCGCCGGAGCAGGACGCGGUGGUGAAGGUGGUGGACGGGCACGUGGUGUACGUGUGCGGGACGUGCCACCGCUCCUACAUGACGCUGUCGAGCCUGAAGCGGCACUCCAACGUGCACUCGUGGCGCCGCUCCUACCCGUGCCGCUACUGCGACAAGGUCUUCGCCUUGGCCGAGUACCGCACCAAGCACGAGGUUUGGCACACGGGCGAGCGCCGUUACCAGUGCGUCUUCUGCUGGGACACCUUCGUCACCUACUACAACCUCAAGACGCACCAAAAGACCUCGCACGGCAUCAACCCGGCCUUGAUCUCCUCCGAAAAGACCCCCAACGGCGGGUACCGGCCCAAGCUCAACGCCUUGAAGCUCUACCGCUUGUUGCCCAUGCGGGCGCACAAGAGGCCCUACAAGACCUAUAGCCAAGAAGGGCUCCCUCAUGGCUUCCUCAUGCCGGCAAACGCCGUGGGGCCGGCGUUGGCACCGCCGGUGCCGCCACCGGAUCCCACCCCGGUGGUCACCUAUGGGCGACCUCCAUCCGUCAUCGUGCACGGCGCCGCGGCGCCCGGCGGCACCCACGGCCGCGCCGCGGUGGUGCCGCCCAUCAAGAAGCAAGUGCUCAAGGAGUACAUCGAGGCGCAGGCGAUGGCGGCCGCGGCGCCACCACCACCGGUACCACCACCACCGGCAGCACCCCAAGAGGCGCCGCCGGGUGGGGGCACCCGCACCAUGACCUACGUGGCCAAACCGGCGGCGUGCGCCGGGCCGCUGGGGGGGCUGUGCCAGAUCACGGUGCGCAUCGGCCAAGAGGCCGUGGUGAAGCGCAGCAUCGCCGAGACCCACCUGCACCCCCCGGCGCCGGGCGCCGGCACCCACCGCCGCGGGGCUGAGGAGCGCUUGUGGUGCUGCAGCCCCAAAGCCAAGCGGAAGGCGGCGGCGGCGAGAGGGGGGGACGACGAUGACGGCGGCGGUGGCGAAGCCGGCCCCGUAAGCGGCGCCGCCAAGGGCCCGGCGUGGCGCCGGGGGUGGCAGCACCCGUGCGGGGUGUGCGGGAAGAGCUUCGCGGCGCUGCGGAAGCUGCGGCGGCACCAGCGGGGACACGCGGAGGUUGUGGGGGGCGGCGAAGGGGCGGCGGCGGGUGUGGGGCGCCCCCCGGCGCGUGUGGGGCACCCCCCGGCGCGUGUGGGGCGCCGGCCGGCGCUGCGCUUCGCCUGUAGCCGCUGCGUGAAGGUGUGCAGGACGGCCGCCGCGCUCAGCCGCCACGUCAAGAGGCAUCAGGCGGAGGAGGAGGAGGAGGAGGAGGAGGAGGAGGAGGAGGAAGAGGAGGAGGGUGAUGGGGGGCCCGGACCCAUGGGUGGGGGGCAGGCGGUGGGGGGGGGUGGGGGGGAUGUGGGGAUGGGUGAUAAAGGGGUGGCUGCAGAGAACAGGGGGGUGGGUGGUGCAAUGGGUGACAUAAAGGGUGACAAAGGGGUAUUGGGUGACACCAGGUGGGUGGGUGACAUAAGGGGUGACGCUAUGGGUGACACAAUGGGUGACAUAAAGGGUGACAUAAAGGCUGACAAGGGGGUACUGGGUGACACCAGGUGGAUGGGGGACGCAAUGGGUGACACAAGGGGUGACACAAGGGGUGACAUAAAGGGUGACGCAAUGGGUGACAAGGGGGUACCGGGUGACACCAGGUGGAUGGGGGACGCAAUGGGUGACACAAGGGGUGACAUAAAGGGUGACGCAAUGGGUGACAAGGGGGUACCGGGUGACACCAGGUGGGUGGGGGACAUAAAGGGUGACAAGAGGGUAUUGGGUGACACCAGGUGGAUGGGGGACACUAUGGGUGAUGCAAUGGGUGACACAAAGGGUGACAUAAAGGGUGACAAGAGAGUAUUAAGUGACACCAGGUGGAUGGGGGACACAGUGGGUGAUGCAAUGGGUGACAAAGGGGUAUUGGGUGACACCAGGUGGGUGGGGGACAUAAAGGGGGGUGACAAGAGGGGAUUGGGUGACACAAAGGGUGACGUAAAGGGUGACAAAGGGGUACUGGGUGACACCAGGUGGAUGGGUGACACAAAGGGUGACACAAAGGGUGACAAAGUGAUGGGUGACAAGGGGGUACGGGGUGACACCGGGUGGGUGGGUGACGCAAUGGGUGACGCGCUGGGUGACCCCCGGGCACCGGGUGACGUCACCGUGACAUCACCGCCCCCCGGUGGGGGUGGGGUUUACCCGGUCCAGGAUCAACCAUUGGCUCUGCUGAGGCGGGGGGGGGGGAGGGAGGGGGGGGACACACCCCUCCCCCCCCCCUCGCUGCCCGCCCCUCCCCCACCCCCCGCCCCCCACUUUCACUUCCCCCACAGCGGGGGGAGGGGACACGAAGGGGGGGGCCCUGCCCCAUAGAGGGGGCCCCAUAGAAUGAGCAGGGGGCCCCAUAGGUGAUGGGGGGGCCCUUGGGGUGAGUUGGGGGUCCCUGCCCCAUAGAGGAGGGUCCUGCCCCAUAAAUGGGGGUGGGGGGGACCCAUAAGAAAUGGGGGGCUCCCUCCCCAUAGAGAUGGGGUGGGGAGCCCCAUAGCAUGUGAGGGGGCCCUAGAGGUGAGUUGGGGGUCCCUGCCCCAUAGAGAAGGGUCCCUGUCCCAUAGAGAGGGGUGGGGAGCCCCAUAGAAUACGGGGGGGGGGGGCCAUAGGAGAUAGGAGGACCCAUAGGAGAUGGGGGGCCCUUAGAGGUGACUUGUGGGUCCUGCCCCAUAGAAAGGGGGGGGGGGGGAUGAGGACCCCCAUUAUAAGGGACCCCCCUCCCCCACUAUUGGGCCCACCCAAGUUUAGGCCCCCCCCGCCCCCCCCAGCACCUUACGGCAGCGACAUUCCACCCCCCCCCCCCCCCCGUGCAAGGGGCGUGCGAGGCCUCGUGUCUUCCUAUGGGGGGGUCAAUCCUCGUGCAAGGCCCGAAGCAGCGUCCUCGUGCCCCUCGUGCAAGGCCCCGACCCCCCCCACCCCCCCCACCCCUCGUGCAAGGCCCCAUCCUUAUGCAAUGCACCCCCCCCCCACGUCCUCGUGCAACGCGCGCACCCCCCCCCCCAUAUCCUCGUGCAAGGACACACACACACACACACCCCGCCCAUCACCCCCCCCCCCCCCCAGCCUGGGCCUCGUGCAAAGCACGUCCUCGUGCGAGGCUGCUCCUCCUUGUUGCACGAGGGAGGAGGGACGCGCUUGUGCAAGGGCCGUCCUCGUGCAAGGACCAUCCUUGUGCAAGGACGUUCCUUGUGCAAGGACCUUCUUGUGCAAGGACCUUCUUGUGUAAGGAUCAUCUUUGUGCAAGGCCCAUCCUCGUGCAAGGACCCUCCUUGUGCAAGGACCUUCUUGUGCAAGGACCUUCCUCGUGGAAGGAUCAUCCUUGUGCAAGGCUCAUCCUCGUGCAAGGACCUUCUUGUGCAAGGACCCUCCUCGUGCACAAGGGGGGGGGGUCCUCGUGCAAGGCUCCUCCUCCCCGUUGCACGAGGGUGACGCUUGUGCAAGGCCCGUCCUCGUGCAAGCCCCUCCCCCCUCUCUUCCCCCCCCCCCCGGCCGCGGCCCCUCCCCCCGUUUGCACUUUCGUGGCCGCGUUUGCUACUGACUGGCCCCGCCCCCACCCCUUGGCCCCGCCCCCUCCUCACUUUAGCCCCGCCCCCUUUUGCCUUGGCCCCGCCCCCACCCGCAAAGAGGCAACUAAAGGGGAGAAUGGGGGGAGGGGGGGCACGCACCGCCCGGCCAGCAGGGGGCGCUAGAGCGGGGCCGGGGGGUGGCAGCAAUGGAGAUGGCACCAAUGGGGUGGCCCCAACGAGGUGACCUCAAUGGGGACGUCCAAUGGGGUGGCCCCAAUGGGGUGGCCCCAAUGGGGAUGUCCCUAUGGGGUGUCACCAAUAGACCCCAAUGGGGUGGCCUCAAUGAAGAUGUCACCAAUGGGGGACGUCCCUGUGGGGUGUCCCCAAUGGGGUGACCUCAGAGAGGGACGUCCAAUGGGGUGGUACCAAUGGGGUGACCUCAAUGGAGAUGGCACCAAUGGGGUGGCUUCGUUGGGGGACAUCCCCAUAGGGUGGUCUCAAUGGGGUGCCUCCAUGGCGAGGGGUCCCCCCAAGGGGAGUGGGGCGCCCCAUGGCGGUGUCCCCGCGGUGGCGGUGGGUGGUGGCGGUGACAAAUGUCCACUAUUUAUCUGCAUCAAUAAACACCUUAGAGCUGA